AAUUUGGUGAAGCUAAAAAAAGAAAGAAAGAAAGACCCCGCAUGUAUACCCCGCCAUUUCCCAGUGUAGAGUCCAAGAAAGCUCUUCCUUUCUUGCAAAUGCAAAUCCCGCGUUUUAUCUCGUUCACCUUCAAGUAUUGUUGCGUAUGAUUUCUCUUUUCUGCAUUUUAUUGAUUCGUUUAACCUCGUUUUAGUUUAAGUACGCCGCCCGCACUCCUUGGCCAAUCCCCCCGUUGUGGGUGCGCGCCACAGCACAGAAAUACUUUAUGCACCUAAUUAAACCACCCGAUUCUUGGCCAAUCCCCCACUGUGGGUAUGUGCCACGGCCACUCAGGACAACAACAACAACAACUACUAACCCGCAGCUUCGCUUUCCCUAAAGAAAGAGGAGGAAGAAGGAGUGCGAGCCAUCAUGCUCCAGCCGCGGUCGCCCGACGUCCCGCAGGCGGCGGCCCCGACCGCUGGCCCAGCGCGGACGGCGGCCGUCGACGACGUGCGCUCGGCCUCGUCCACCGCGUCCACCUCUCCGCAGGACGAGCAGCCCCGCACGACGCGCGGCUCGCUCCUCACGCACUUUGGGCCGUACCCGCGCUGCCGCCGACAGCGCGGCAAGUCGCCCCCCCGCAAGACGUCGAGCUACUUCGCGUCGGCGGCCAACACGUGGGGCGGCUACUCGGGAACCUACGCGGACGAGCUGUCGUCCUCGGAGCACAACACCACCGAGGCGUGCAACGACAGCGAGAGGCUUCAGCGGCUGCUGUUCAGACUUCCUCCGGACCUGAGUGGCUGCCUGCUCCAGUUCUCCAUCGACCUCCAGCACAAGCUGCGCGAGACGGGACUCAAGGGCAACGUCCUGCUCUCCCCUUUCUUCGUGGCCAGCUCACUCAUCAUGCUGCUGCGGGGGGCCAGCGGGAACACGUACGAUCAGGUUGCCAGCGCCCUGCACAUGGAGUGGGACCCCUCGGGAACGGCGGACCGGUUCGAGCAGAUGGCGUCCGACCUGUUCCGAGACUUCGAGCGUGCCAAGAUGCGCCACCUGGGACUCAGGCUCACGUGUUUCAUGGCGCUGUUCUACGACCAGUCGGUGCCCGUGUUCAAGCAGUACCACAGGCUGCAGGACACGCUAUGCUACUUCAUGGACCGGCGCGACUUCCGCAACGAGAGCCACCAGUGCCGGCUCACCAUGGACGCCCUGGCGAGGGCCAACAGCUCGUUCUCGGUGCCGCGGGAGCAGGUGUUUCCGCCCGGUUCCGUGGGACCCGACACGCUCCUGGUGCUGCUGUCGUCGCUGCGUCUGGAAGGACGCUGGAAGAGAAGCUUCGCCGUCUCCAGGGGCUCCGCUGGAUGCAUCCGCUGGAUGCCGGCAGAAGACAAAGACGGUACCAGGGUUCUCACGAUGCGUUGCACGGCCCCGUUCCGCACGGCCGACUGCGCCGAGCUGGAGGCGACGCUGGUCGAGGUGCCGUACGAGAACCCGCGCAACAGCAUGGUCAUCCUGCUGCCCACCGGUCCCGGCGGCCUCGCCGUCCUCGAGGAGAAGCUCAGCGCGCCGCUCGUGCUGCGCUGCAUCGACCAACUCAGGGACGCUGGCGAGGUCGAGCUGUCGCUGCCCAAGUUCCGCAUCAGGCACGUGACCGACCUGACGCAGGUUCUUCCCUUGCUGGGCGUCCACGAGGCGUUCACCGGGGAGGCGCAGCUGGACCAGCUCACUCCGGCGACCGGCAGGGGCAUUCACGUGUCGUGCGUCCGUCACGUGGCCACCGUUCACGUGAGCCACGCCGGGGCCCAACCGGCGGACGCGCGAAGCCGCGGCGGCAUCUCGCCCGCGCCGGCGGCGUGCGCCGUCGCCAGGAGGGUGGCCGUGGACCGGCCCUUCAUGUUCCUCGUGCUCAACCGGAAGCCCGACCUGGUGCUCUUCCUCGGGUCCGUCACCACUGUCGGCGUGUGAUUCCAUGGACCCGAGAAACGGAGUAGUGUAAUGUCGACGCGACGCAUAUCGCAUCGCUUUCCGAUGCCGCAUUCGCAAACGUUUUCGCUCGUUUUCCUUUUGCGGUAUAUUCCAAUGUCUUCAAUAAGUAUUUCAAUUGUUCUUCGCAUAAUAAAACUAGCCAGUUAUCGCAUUA